UCUCUUCUACCUUUGUGUAGAAGUGUUGAACACUUGUAUCUAUCUGGAGAGAGAGAGAGAGAGCAAAGUUUUCUUAACCAUGGCGGCUUCCUUCUUGCUGAGAUUUAUUUUCCCACCACCCCUUUCUCUGUUCAUCACAGGGAUGUCAGUGUUUAGCUUAACAUCCUUAGCUGUUACUGGGUUCUCCGAAGUAAAAGGAAAGCACUUGCAGUAUUCCAAGUUUUGGAAUGUAAAUUCUCCAAACAAUGGAAGAAAGCAAAUUAAAGUUUCUGGCAGAACAGGCAUGCUCAUUCUUUAUACUCCCGCAUUUCUUGCUGGUCUCGCAUCCUUUGUUCUUUUUCAGCAUCAGGAUGUCCGAUUUCUAUUGCUCGAUGCAGCUCUAACCCUUCAUUUCUUCAAGAGGGUCUUGGAGGUGCUAUUUGUUCACAAAUACAGCGGGGGGAUGAUUCUUGAUUCUGUAAUUGUUAUCUCUCUUGGUUACUUCUUGUCAACUGCAACCAUGAUCUAUGCCCAACACCUAACACAAGGGAUCUCAGAGCCACCAGUUGAUUUGAAGUAUUCUGGAAUCUUGCUGUUUCUUAUAGGAGUCAGUGGCAACUUCUACCACCAUUACCUCCUCUCCAAACUGAGGGGAGAGGGUGAGAGAGAAUAUAAGAUUCCCAAGGGUGGUUUAUUUGACUUUGUGAUUUGCCCACAUUAUCUUUUUGAAAUUAUAGUUUUCUUAGGGAUCUCAUUUAUCUCUCAAACAUCCUAUGCAUUCUCUUCCACUCUGGGCACUAUCUUUUACCUGAUGGGAAGGAGUUAUGCCACUAGGAGAUGGUAUGUCUCAAAAUUUGAAGAUUUUAGUGAGGAUGUCAAGGCCAUCAUUCCAUAUGUUUUCUAGUUUAUAUAAAGUAAUAUAUAUAUAAAAAUAAAGUUAUAAAGUAAUAUAUAUAUAAAAAUAAAGUAAUAUAUAUAUAUAUAUAUAUAUAUAUAUAUAUAUAAAGUAAUGUUGUUUGAUGAAUGGGCACCUUCAGUACAUCUGUUAAUUCAGAGGAGUUGUUCACAGCUUGAGGUCUUAGAUAGAUUCGUUACUGUAAUACUACUGAAUUUUAUUUCUAAUUUGGGAAUGUAUUUGACGAAUAUAUUAAUGAAAUUUGGAAAUCUGAGUUAUAGUAUUGAA